ACAAGAUGGCGGAAAAUUCGUCCGGGAAAAGGAUGUUGAUAUCGUUUACUUUGCCAAUAUCAUGUCAAAUCUGUCUUGGAAAGGUGAAGCAGCCAAUAGUGUGCCCAAACCAACACGUAUUCUGCAGUGUAUGCAUUGAGUUGUGGCUGCAACAUAAUCAGCAGUGCCCAACAUGCCGAGUACCUAUAACACCAGAGAAUCCAUGCAAACAAAUACUGGGAGGACAGACUCAAGAUGGGGAGAAUGAUUCAUACAUGUCGACCCCUGCCCUACGAAGAGCUCGCUUCGACAUACUAUAUCAGGACUGUGAGAGAGAAAUUAAAAGACUUGAACAUGAAAAUAAAUUCCUCAAGAACUCCAACUGUAACCUGCAAGAUCGCCUCACAGAAGCAGAGAAAAUGGUUGCGGCAAAGUCGGAGCUCAUCUCAAAUGAAGCAGGGGCUACUUCGUCUUCAUCAACCACUGAAUCCAAACUCCAGCUCAACUCUAAGACAUGGAGAGAUAGCACAAAUUCCUCCCCCAAAUCAUCCCCUUCUAGGGGUAAAGUGAAAUCAAGAGGAGAAAAGAGAGAAAGUUUCUCUUCAACGGAUGGACAUUAUAAUUGCGAUGAAGGAGUGAACAGUGAAGUGCUAGCCUCACUGAGAUCAAAGUUGAAGCAAGCCACAACAACCUAUGAUAGAAUCAAGCAAGACAUGGACAAGCUCAAGGAGACAAACUUGAAGUUGAGUACGGAUAACCGGACUCUGUUAGCUGAGAAUGGUCGACUGAAACAGACAGCUACUGCCCGCUCACCUCAUAAGUAUGAGAAGUACACCUCCAUGGCCCAGCAAACCAAACUUGACCAAAGCAGACGAGAGGUGAGCCAGUUAAAGCGUGCCCUGGAUAGAAGUGACACUUACAUCGAUGAGCUAGAGACAAAAGUAGAAGGCUACAAGUCCCAAUAUGGAGCCCUUACCAAGGAGUCAGGAGGAACAGGAGACAAUUCGAAAAGCACAUCACCAAGAGACUCUUCUGAAGAUCCGGUGACUCGAGGUGAUGGAGACAUACCCUCAACAUCCUCCAGUGGAAUCUUCAAGCCAAUGGGUAUGGGUGAGAAGUGGAAUCCCUUGAUAGUUUUAGGCAAAGACAGACACAGCACGAUGCCAGUUUAUACUAGCCAGAACCCCAGUAUGAGUACAGAUGUGUUCACUGAUGAUACAUAUCGAAACUAUAUUAAGAACAAGAAGGCGAGUCGUGUAUGUGUAACUCAGCAAGAUGAGCAUCGUAAGGGCAGUGCAAGUUUAUCUCGAGAAGAUGACAGUGAUGACGCAUCUGAUCUGGAGUAUUCAGACGCUAUGAUGACCAAUACCCCAUCAACAGCUUUGGACAGAUUGUCCUUAGAUUCUUCCAAAAAGGUAUCAGUUGCUGAAACUCAGUCCUCAAAGCCCUCAAAGGUGUCUCCAUCUUGCCACCGCCAUCUUAACUUUGGGAAGGAUCAUCCAAAAGACUCAGACUUACAUAUUAAGGAAGGGAAUGUAGCUGACGAUGACCCUCUUGAUCAGAAUGCAACCUUUUCUGAUUUGAACUUUACAAUGACUUCAGAGCUCUCCGACUGUGCACAGCUGAUGAAAGACGCCGAAAUGAGAGUGAAGAAAAAGAAGCUGAACAGUCAAGAUAUAAAUCCUGAAGAUCAGUCAGGUAUGAAGGCACUUCAAUGCAGCAGCGAUAAACCAGCUUUCAAGGAUAGCAAACUCAAGUACUUUGGAAAUCCCAUCUCGCACAGUGACCCAACAUCAAACAGAGAGCCCCAUGAAAAGUCUAGUGUCAGCGUGUCUCAGAUUAACCAAGACCCGGCAAGUACACAUUUGACAUGGUCAGGAUUUAAACCAGGCUUUCGAUCAACACCAAGGUCUGUCUCAUCCAGAUCCACAGAAGAGAUCAACAUAAGCAGUAGCCACGCUCUGACAGUAGCGCAAACUUUCAGUAAUUACACUUCAUCUAGUGGUAGCACUGGUACACUUUCACUUCCUUGCACUGUGAAUGAACAGUUGAAAGGUUCCAACACAGCUGCAGGUUAUCCUGCUACCAGUGAAUCAGUGCAGAAAACAAGCCUCUGUUACCCAGCAAUAAAAUCCCAGUUGAAGCCUACUUGGUGUCUGGAUGCUGCUCAACUAAGGAAUGGCCAUGGGACAGGGAGCAGAUCCAGGUCCGAUGUGGACUCAGAUCGUAAUGCAUGUACCUUUGAUUUUCUAUCUAACAAACCGUAUGCCAAUAACAAAGGUGACAAAGUCAACUCUGAAUGGGUGAGCCAGAGUGCAAAUGAUCCAAAAGUGCAAACAAGUAGUGGUGCAAUCUCGAAUGAAACUGAUAUGAAAGGUUACUUACCUAGAACAAACAGGGAAAGUCGCAAGAGAUAUGUUCCUCACGAGAAGGGUAGCGAUAGUCCAAGUAAAGCCUUCAAGUACUGAAAUAUUCAAAAAAGGGGGAAAAUGUUAAUCAACUUUAAACCAAUGUUUGUUGUUGAGAUGCAGUACUAAUAGUUGAUGUUGAUACAAUUCCAAUAUGCAUGAGAUUUUCUACCUCAGUUUUUGAAAGUGGUAAUUUGCCAAGAACUGUCUUUCACUUUAUCUUUCACUGAUUAUCACUCAGGGUUUUUCAAAAAGACUCCAAAUGAAAUGGGGAUGCACUAAAAAACCUCCCGUGUCAGAUUUGACCUGGAUGCCGGGUCACAGGGGGUUUGACCAAUUUGUGGGUCAGCAUAAUCUGGAACUGUGUCAAACUGACCCAGAAUCAAGUCAGAAUCCCAUUUUGUAACCAGUUUCUUGGUCAGCCUGACCAAGAAAUGUGGACAGUCCUCUGGAACCCAGAGUCUGAGUCAGUUCUGAUAUGGGAGUUCUGAAAGUGUUGAAUGCUGAUGAAAGUUUUCAAGUUGUGUUUUUAAUUCCUUAAUAUGCUGCAUACCUACAUGUAGCUGCAAUCGUUUUACGAUAUUCACUAUCCACGGUGAUACUAUUUUUUCAAAUAUAAAGACUGACUCUUCCAUUUGUUUUAAUUGCAACUUCUGGGAACAGAAACGAUGUUGUGCUUGAGGGACAAAAACAUAUCUAAAUCCUCCAGUCUUUGAAACGUGCUCAAGACUAAUUGUGUGAGUCUCACCUAGGCAUGAUACUUGGUCCUUGCAAAAAGUAGGAGCAUUUUAUUAAGUACAUUGACUGACCUAUACAUGUACACAUGGUUUAUGGGUUUUUUUCUUCUUCUAUUUGAUCACAUAUUUCCUGAUUUUUCUAAAGGGAAAAAUAAUCGUAAAUCAGACUAUCGUGGGAAGAAAAUCAUGUCUGAUAUCACUGUACCAUUUCAGCCUCAUCAAGCUAGAGAGUGAGCAAUAACAACAGAUACAUUCUUGGUAAAUGUGUGCGAUCUUGAUGAUGGCACAUAAAUCAAACCUUACUCACUUUUUUUUUUAAUAUUUGAUUUCUUAACCCUGCAAUAAGAGCAUGUACAAAUUUGUUAUUUAAUUUAUGUGUUUUUUCUUCCAAUGGAAGUACAGGUUACUAUUUUUGAAGGAAAGUAUGUGUUCUGUGGUUUAUACACUUUUUGUAAAAUCAAAUGGUCUGUGGUUUUAGCUGUUGAAUUUUAACUUGUUACGUAAAACAUUUUAAAGCAUAAAGGAUACCAUGUACUGAGGAAACAUCUGCAAUGUAAGAUUAUAUCAUUGAGUAUGUUAAACAAGUGGUACUUUGCAUGUGUGGUUUGUUGAAUUAAAGCAGGCAAUUGCCUCCAUACCCCUAGCCAUUGCCUCGAUGCCAUUUUAAA